GUCAGAGAGCCCGCUGUGUGGCAUCUUCACGUCUGUUAAUUUGUUAACGGAAACAUCAUUCUUACUCGAGGCUUCGAACGGAAAUUCUCCCCGGCGUUUGCUUUCCGGCGAGUCGUCGUCGAAGUCCUUUCAGAACGGGGGCAUUUGGGUGUCAAUGGAUAGCGGUGGGAAUCUUACUGAUAAAGGAAUACAUUGUCAGACUUUGUCAAGUGUGGAACAGAAGCUUGCUCAUCAAUGGUUUAUGGAUGCUUCUAGACCAGAACUAUUAUCGAACAAGAAUCAAGCAAUACAUUCUGCUUACAGCAGACCCAUUCCGGUAGCUGCUCACAUGAACUUAACCCGCUGGGAUAAUGGUUCUGGUUAUGAAUCUGCCUCUGGACAGUUUACUGACCGUAUAUGUGGCCCUGAGAUUUUUAGUCUUGUUGAGAAAAAUAUCUCAUCUUUAGGUGAUGGAAACUUGAAUAAGAGAAAAAGGGAGUUCGAUAAUCAUUUUCGAAAUGAUUCAAUAGUUAGUUUGCCUAUGUCUAAAGAUCCCAAUUAUUGGAAUGCUGGAGGUAGUGGAGUUCGAGAAGGUCUAAUCCAUGGAGUUGAGAGCAGUUUUCCCAUUUCUAGGGCACAGUCAUGGUAUCAUAACUUAAUUAGUCCAGUACGUACCAAUUAUGAUAUCAGGGCAUUCUGUUUUACUUCCGGUGAUCACAUUCCUCGAAAGUUGGAUGUUUCUGUUGCAUCAAGAGGAAUCACCAACCACGAAGAGAAUAACCUCCAACAAUUGGGUCGGGGUUCUGAAAAUGGCGAGGGAGCAGCAACAUCUGGUAUGGGCUUUCAGAACAGGCCAGAGGGUACUAAUCGUUCUCGCUAUCUCAUACCCAACCGUGAUUUGUUAUUAAGUCCAUCUUUACCAGAUGGUUCAGAGGUACUGACAGAGAAAAGUACCAAAGAACGUUCUGCUUAUCAAACAAAUACCAUUACAGUGGAUAAUGUGCCUAAGCAGGUGGAAAAAGAAGCCAAGAAGAAUUCUUCAAAUAACUUCCCUUCCAAUGUCAAAAGCCUGAUGUCCACAAGUAUCUUAGACGGUGUGCCUGUGAAGUAUGUUUCAUGGUCAAGGGAGAAAAAUCUCCGAGGAAUCAUUAAAGGGACCGGUUACCUCUGUGGUUGUGAUGAUUGCAAAAUGAACAAGAAUGUGAAUGCUUUCGAAUUUGAGCGCCAUGCUGGUUGCAAGACAAAGCACCCUAAUAAUCAUAUUUACUUUGUGAGUGGGAAGACGAUUUAUUCAGUGGUGCAAGAACUGAAGGGAACCCAACAAGAAGCGCUGUUUGAAGCAAUUAAAAAUGUCACCGGAUCACCCAUCAAUGUAAAGAACUACCGUGUUUGGAAAGCAUCAUACCAAGCUGCUACACGUGAGCUUCAGCGAAUUUAUGGAGAGGAAAGAUAUGCUGACUUCUCAACUCAUUGAUACCUGGGUUCCAUUCAUACUUGAACCGAGCAUUCUAUGUUGCAUAUUUGGAGGAAUUUAGGGAGUUAUUAUGAGCUGAUUUGAUGUCUCGCCAAUUGCUAUGUUGGAGCAGCCUUUCAGUUCAUAGCUUGUGUUUGAGAUUUAUGAUUUUCUGGUGUUGUUGAAUCAUUGUAUAUAUUUUGAUUUUAAACAAACAAUUGAGUUAUUCUAGAUUUAUGAUUU